AUGCCCCACAACAAAGGAAAAACAGUCAGAAAGAUGGACAGGGUCGCAAAGAAUCUCAGUCACCUUGAGACUGAGCUUCGUCAUAUACAGCGAAAUGAUCAUCGCGGAAGGCUCGGCCCCACAGGGCAUGCGAAGAACCGGAUCAACAAGCCAAAGGGUCAAGCAGGGCGAUCAGAACUGAAAGGAGGAUACAGUCUUCAACAGGCCAUGGGAUUGGCUGGCAACAACCGCAAAUACAAUGCGUUUAGAAUGAUCGCACGGCGAUAUACGAAUCGGUACCUCGAUACUGAGAAGACUCUGAAAGAACAGGACAAACUCACGGUGACACUCCUUUUGUCGUAUGCACAGCGCAAACAUCAGUUUCUAGCAAGGUUCCGCGAUAACUGGCCAUUUCACGACUUUAUUGCCUGUUACCUUCGCAAUCAUGUCCAGUACACCAAGAAACGGCAUUCAAAUGUGGAUGACUUAGAGAUCAACGACUCAGAUCUCAGUGAUGGGGACCUUGACGACAUGCUUAACGAUGAUGAGGCUACUUUGACUCCGACAUCACGACGAAAACGACUCCGACAUGCACACCAUUCAGACAAUUCAGAGACCGACGAGGAAAGGAGCCCACGACCUCAAAAAAAGCUUAAGUUUGCCUAUGUGUCCAUUCCUACUCGUGCAAAGCCAGCUCCAGCUUCUCGUGCAAAACCUGCUCCUCACGCAAAACCUGCUCCUCGCACAAAGCCAGCUCCAAAGUCAAAGAUGACCCAGAUUCCUGCUCGUCGUCUGGACCUGCCAAUACCAACUUCAAAGUCCUCCCCCGCUACUACCCAUCCAGACCCACUACCAGCUGCAAAACCAAAACCAAGGCCAAUAUUGUCAUCAGACACGUGCACCACGAAGGUUGCAACGGAAACUCCACCAACCGCCGCGGCCAAGCCAAAGGCGAAACCCAAAUCUAUUCCUCACAAAACUCACGCCAAGACUAAAUCCAAACCAGCAGACGACAAUGACAACGAUGCUUACGAGUUCGCCGACCUUCCUUUGGUCUGUCCAAAUGACAGCUGUAAGGAUCUCGUGCCAGCGGACCCCACUAUUGAGCUGGUCAAACAGCUUCGGCAGUGGAACUCUUUCAAGACCACUAAUCGCUGCAUGACCUCGGAGGGUCUACGUCUAGAGCUUGAGAUAUGCACGGCGCUUCGACAAUUGCGUGAAGAAAAGCUCAAUAUGCAACGCGCCAAAGCCCGAGGAUGGCCAACAACCAUUAUAUGGGAGAACAUCUCAGAUCGAGUCCUCCAAAUGGAGGCCGAUUUGGAUCUCAUGAUUCAUGAUCAAAACACGAGGCGCUACAGUUUUUUCCAUGAUAUGUUUCUUGAAGAUCUUUCUUCCACAGGUCUGAAAAGCAACUCCACCGAACGAGAAUUUUCCAAGCUGGCCAUCACUAGCCGACUUCGCAUUCCAGCGAUGGUUACAAAUCAUGCUCGUCCUGGAUACUAUGGGGAGAAAGGAAAAACGAUAAUUCAGUCCGCAAUAUUUUCCAUGUUUGAUCACGAACAGACUUCCAAUGACGCCUUCGCUCCCCUUGACUUCAAGACCUACAUCGAAUACUACCUCAUACCCUGGGUCGCUAUGCACUUAAUUUCGAAAGAUCUUGGAUGCAGUCUGGAAGAGGCGUACGAAGAGAUGAUUGCCAGUGCUGAUUCAGGUGUUUCUCUGCAUCCAAUGGCUGACAAAGACUCACGCAUCGAGAGAAUCACGCGUCAUCACUGUGUCUUGGCUGCUGAGAAACGUGUUGAGAAGGUCAAGCGCUUCCGCAAUGAGAUGAAGGAUGAAAUCGAGAAGGCAAAGGAGGAACAGAGGAUGCACGAUGAAUUAGCUGCAAAGAUUGCUUCUAAGCAGCGCGCACCCAUUACUUCCAAAUCACAACCAACAGCAGGUCCCUCUAAAUUCCCUGGAUCAUAUGACAAUGCAGCAUAUCAAGAUGAGGGCGAAUCGGAGCUCUCUGAACCGCCCGAGAGUAUCCAGGCUACUCCGGUACCACGGUCUAAACCUUCUCGCACACAACCAGCCAGGCGAAGGUCGCGCAGAUGA